UACCCGGUUUGUAUUGACCUUUCCAAACACCUCCUAAUUGAAGUUGGCGUUAGGGUUUUAUUUCGUUAUCCUCUCUCGCCUUCUCUCUCUCUCACCACUCUUCUUCACCCCUCUCGGUUUAGGGUCAAAACUUAAGUUGUUCUACUUCCAAUCUUCGCAGAGAUGAAUGUCGAAAAACUAAUGAAGAUGGCGGGUUCGGUCCGCACAGGAGGGAAGGGUACAAUGAGAAGAAAGAAGAAGGCUGUGCACAAGACGACCACAACAGACGACAAAAGGCUUCAAAGUACCUUGAAGAGAAUAGGAGUGAAUGCCAUACCUGCAAUUGAGGAAGUUAAUAUCUUCAAGGAAGAUGUAGUUAUACAGUUCAUCAACCCCAAAGUCCAAGCAUCUAUUGCAGCCAACACCUGGGUCGUUAGCGGCACUCCUCAGAACAAGAAGUUGCAGGACAUUCUUCCGCAAAUUAUCCACCAGUUGGGCCCGGAUAACUUGGAGAACUUGAAAAAGCUAGCAGAACAAUUCCAGAAGCAGGCACCGGCUGAUGGCAGUGGUACGGCUUCUGGUGCAGCAGAAGAUGAUGAUGACGACGUACCAGAACUUGUUGCUGGUGAGACGUUUGAAGCUGCCGCAGAGGAGGGACACGCCCCGCCCUCUUGAGGAUUCUAUUUUCAGUUUUGGAACCAGUGCUUACAUUUUCCAUGUUUUUGAAAGAUCUGUUACAUUACUUUGUCUGUGAUGAACCGUACUUGAAAGCUAGGUCUAUGUCUCGAUUAAUAACUCGCCGUGCUUUACCCGAUUCGUACAUCAGUGUGGUUUGAGUGAACCUUCCAUGAUAAAUUUUCAAGUAUGAUCUGAUGUGUAAUGAGUAGAAUUCACGUCUUCUCAUUCUUGUGGUAUUCUGCAGCCUAGAGAUCUUUGUGGAUUAAGAUCUUUGUAUAUGUAUAUAUUGUGUAGUUGAAAGAAAACGUGUAGGGUCUCAUGUUCAAAUUCUAUUAAUUUUGGAUUAUAAAUUUAUCAUAUAUUUCGACUAA